AACCGAUAACUGAGCGCGGUUGGUCAGCUGUCAACGCGGCAGUUGGCAACGCGGUGCCACUGUCAAAGCAAACCGAUAAAAAAAAGUUGUCUCCGCAUUAAGAGCUCCACAGGAAUAUUUUCCAGCAUUUCGAAAAUAUGAUACGGGCACCGCUAGUCAAGGCGCUGGGCGCUCUGGGCUCGCCCACACAUCAGAUGGCCAGCCGGGCAGUGCGCACCAGCGCCAUGGUGGCCCAGACGCCGGCGAAGGCGCCCGAGAAGAUCGAGGUCUUUGUGGACGACAUUCCCGUGCAGGUGGCACCCGGCACCACCGUGCUGCAGGCCGCUGCCCAGAUCGGCGUGGAGAUACCCAGAUUCUGCUACCACGAACGACUCGCCGUGGCCGGCAACUGCAGGAUGUGCCUGGUGGAGGUGGAGAAGAGCCCCAAGCCAGUGGCCGCCUGCGCCAUGCCAGUGAUGAAGGGCUGGCGCAUCAAGACCAACUCCGAUCUGACCCGCAAGGCACGCGAGGGCGUCAUGGAGUUCCUGCUGAUGAACCAUCCCCUCGAUUGCCCCAUCUGCGACCAGGGCGGCGAGUGCGAUCUGCAGGAUCAGGCCAUGGCUUUUGGAUCCGAUCGAUCCCGCUUCACGGACAUCAACUACACGGGCAAGCGCGCUGUGGAGGACAAGGACAUCGGACCGCUGGUCAAGACCAUCAUGACCCGCUGCAUCCACUGCACUAGGUGUAUUCGCUUCGCCUCCGAGAUCGCCGGCGUUGAUGAUUUGGGCACCACUGGCCGUGGCAACGACAUGCAGAUCGGCACCUACGUGGAGAAGCUCUUCCUCACUGAACUCUCCGGCAACGUGAUCGACCUGUGCCCCGUGGGAGCGCUUACCAACAAGCCGUACAGCUUCGUGGCUCGUCCCUGGGAGAUCCGCAAGGUGAGCAGCAUUGAUGUCCUGGAUGCCGUCGGCAGCAACAUUGUGAUCAGCACUCGGACCAACGAGGUGCUGCGCAUUCUGCCCCGCGAGAACGAGGACGUCAACGAGGAGUGGCUGGCCGACAAGUCGCGCUUCGCCUGCGAUGGCUUGAAGCGCCAGCGCCUGGUGGCACCCAUGGUGCGCAUGCCCAACGGCGAACUACAGGCCGUGGAGUGGGAGGGCGCCCUCAUCGCCGUGGCUAAGGCCGUCAAGGCUGCCGGUGGACAGAUUGCCGGUAUCUCCGGCCAGCUGGCCGAUCUGGAGGCUCAAGUGGCUCUCAAGGAUCUGCUGAACCGUCUGGGCAGCGAGGUGGUCACCACUGAGCAGGGCUUCGUCCAGGGCGGAACCGAUUCGCGGGCCAAUUAUCUGUUGAACAGCACCAUCGCCGGUUUGGAGGAGGCCGACGCCGUCCUCCUGGUGGGCACCAAUCCCCGUUACGAGGCUCCCUUGGUCAACACCCGUCUGCGCAAGGCCUAUGUCCACAACGAACUGCAGAUUGCCUCGAUUGGACCCAAGAUUGAUCUGUCCUACGACCACGAGAACCUCGGUGCCGAUGCCGCUUUGGUCAAGGAUGUGUGCUCCGGCUCGCAUGCCUUCUCCAAGGUUCUGGAGGGUGCCAAGAAGCCGGCCAUCAUCAUUGGUGCCGAUCUGUUGGAGCGUGCCGAUGGCGCCGCCAUCCACGCCACCGUUGCCGAGUACUGCAAGAAGCUGAAGAAGCCGAACUGGAACGCCUUCAACGUGCUGCAGAACAACGCCGGCCAGGUGGGCGCCCUCGAUGUGGGCUACAAGGCUGGCGCACAGGUUGCCCUGAAGGCUCAGCCCAAGGUGCUGUUCCUGCUGAACGCCGAUGCCGGCAAGGUUACUCGCGAGCAGCUGCCCAAGGACUGUUUUGUGGUCUACAUUGGAUCGCAUGGUGACAAUGGCGCCUCCAUUGCCGAUGCCGUGCUGCCAGGUGCCGCCUACACAGAGAAGCAGGCCAUCUACGUGAACACGGAGGGCAGACCACAGCAGACGCUGCCUGGUGUCUCGCCACCGGGCAUGGCCCGCGAGGACUGGAAGAUCCUGCGCGCCCUGUCCGAGGUGGUGGCCCAGCCGCUGCCGUACGACAACCUGGAUGAGCUGCGCAACCGCCUGGAGGAUGUGGCGCCGCAUCUAACGCGCCUGGGACAGUUGGAGCCAGCCGGCGAUGCCGGAGCAGCGGGCACUGUUAGCAAGUCCAUCGGCGGCGGCCCCAUCGAUGUUCAGCUAAAGGAGCUAAAGGACUACUUCAUGACCGACGCCGUCUCGCGCGCCUCGCCCACCAUGGCCAAGUGCAUAUCGGCGGUCAACAAGCAGCAGCGGGAGAACGAGGCCAAGCAGAGCGUGGCCAUCUAGGCUUCCACCCUCGCUUCCGGUCUGAUCUAAACUAAUAACUAAUUAAUGUUUUUUUUAAACUCUGCUCUUCGACCUUUUGCCCCGCACUCCCCCCUUAAAUAUCUACCAACGGACACAAAGACAGCAGGACGAGCCGCAGGAUGGGCCAGCGCAGGUGUGGGACGAGGAGCAGGAUCAUAGCAGACGCAGCUGCAGAGGCGCCAGCGCUGGGGCAGUUGUAAAUGAAAAUGUCUUUGAAGUUGUUCAAAACAAAGGAGUUAUUCAAUACGAGAAAUAGGAAAACCAAAAUAAAAAUGUAAUAGAAAA